AUGACCCCUUGUGCGUUACCCCUAUUCCACGUCCGCCUCGUCAGCUACUCGCAUCUCCCAGUGCGGAUGCACCGACUGAAUGCCCACCUUCGCCCUCUUCACCAACCCUUCCACUCGAUCCCUUACCGGACGACUCCUCGCAACGAUCAUCAGAGAUCCUCUCCGCCGCCAGACGGCGACGACCUCCAGUUCCUCGACAUCCAGCUGGGCCCAGCGUCAACCAACCUCGAAGUUGACGAGUUCCUCCAGCUGCGCGCCGUCCGCCGCCGUGCGCUGUCUGCUGAACGCGCCGCCCGGAGCGCAGAAGCCAAGCUGGCUGAGCUCGUGCGUACCGCAGCCAAGGCCCUCCUGCCCCCUCGCGCGGCGAUAGGGCGCAGUUCCAGCGGCUCGUCGCAUCAUUCUGCGAGCUACCUUCGCCACACCGAGUGCAGCGUCCGCCGCCAGAUCAGGGCAGGUAUCCCGAGGAGGCAGGCACUGAGGAACCUCGCAGGCCGGAUACGCCGAGCGGCGACAGUGAACUAG